CUAUGAUUCUACAUCAAAUAUUAAAAGUCAAUCUAAGGAAGCUACAUUUUUGAAAGAGGUUGAUGUCUUUAAUUGGGAUGAAGCUCCAAUGGCGCCAAGAUAUGCUAUGGAAUUAAUUGAUAGAACAUUACGCGAUUUUAUGAAUGUUGAUAUGCCAUUUGGUGGAAAAACUAUGCUUUUGGGUGGCGAUUUUAGACAAUUAUUGCCUGUUAAAGUUAAUGCUACUAGAAGCGAAUUAGUUAAUUUAUCUAUGAAAUCUAGCACAUUAUGGAGUCAUUUUAAGGUAAUAUCAUUAACAGAAAAUAUGAGAAUUUUACCUGGUGAAAUAGAAUUUUCAGAAUAUUUAUUAUCAGUUGGAAAUGGUACUUUAAAUGAUAAUGAUAAUAAUAUACUAGCACCAGAGCAAUGUGUAGAGAAUGGUGAUAUCAUUCAUAAAAUAUUUGGAGAAUUAAUUAUCAAUAAAAAAUACGAUGCCUUAUGAAUUACGAUUAAGAGCCAAUUGUAUUGUCAUGCUACUUCGAAAUCUUAGUAUUAAUGAAGGUUUAUGUAAUGGAACGCGAAUGCAGGUAUUAGAACUAUCAAACAAUCUGCUACGUUGUCGUAUGUUAACAGGUGAUAAGGUUGGAGAUAUUGUAUUUAUAAAUCGUAUUACGCUGUGUUGUGAGGAUAUUUAUCCUUUACUUUCAAACGACGGCAAUUUCCUAUAAAAUUAGCAUUCGCAAUGACAAUAAAUAAAAGCCAAGGACAAAUUUUGACAAGAUUAUUGUAGACCUUCGUAAAAAUGUAUUUAAUCAUGGGCAAGUAUAUGUUGCAUUUUCACGAGUUAAAUCUUGGGAAUCAUCAAUUAUAUAUUUAGGAAAUCAAAGACCUAAUUUACUAAUCAAGAAUU